CUAUAACCGAAGGCGGUAAUGUUGACGCAUUGAUGUGUUCUCUCGGUUGACAACGUUGUUUUGACAAGACACGCCUAAGAAUUUAUUGUUGUAAAUAAUAUUCUUUAAAAUUAGUUUGUCGAUAUGCCUGCGUAUCACUCUAGUUUUGUAGGAAAUAAUGGAAACAUCGGUAAUAUGGCGCUUCUACCUAUUAGAACAAACGUCAGAGGUCCUGCGCCUCCUUUCACUAGCAAAGACCAAGAUAUAAUUGACGAAGCGUUAUACUUCUUCAAGGCAAAUGUAUUCUUUAGAACAUAUGAAAUUAAGAGCGAAGCUGAUAGAGUUUUAAUUUAUAUUACAUUGUACAUAACCGAAUGUUUAAAAAGACUGCAAAAGUGUGCAACACAAGCGCAAGCAACGAACGAAAUGUAUUCUCUCGCCAAAUCGAAGUUCGAUGUACCCGGCGAUCCGGGAUUCCCUUUGAAUUCUGUAUAUGCCAAACCAUCUAAUCCCAUAGAAGCUGAUACUAUGAGACAGUAUUUACAACAAAUAAGGCAAGAAACCGGAAACAGACUCGUAGAGAAGGUAUACGGAGAGGAUGGAAAGCCAAGUAAAUGGUGGCUCUGUUUCGCGAAAAAGAAGUUUAUGGACAUUUCUUUAUCCGGUCCUGGACAGUAAAAUAUAUGUUUUUUAAUUUCACAUUUGAAUGUAUGCGACGGUUAAUUACAGAAAUCAAAUAUGGAAAAUACAUGAGUUUUGACUUCCCACAAAUCAUAAGAAAUUAAAAAAUUUUUAACUUUGAAUAGUAAUUACA